CUCUCUACGCUACCUUAGCUGAAGAUCUCCCGGAUUGUACAUGGGUAUCUUAUUCCCUCAUCUCCAUAGUUUCAUUUCAUACUCUUCCCUUCUUAGAAUUCACAGGUGAAGAGCCUAAGAAAAGGAGGAACAGAAAUGACUCUCUCUCUCCUCCUCCAUAGGCAGAUCAGAGCUUGUAAAGAGAUGGGUACUUUCAGAAAGGCAAAAGCACUUCUAGAAGAUCUCACUUGAUUUUCAAUUCCUUCAUAAGUUCUUUUCCAUAUCCUCUUAAAUUAAGGGGGUAUGUAACUCGUAACAAAAUCUUUCCCCACAGCUCUGCAAAAUCCUCCCCUUCAAAACGUUCUGUCCUUUUCAUUUUCUAUCUUUUCUGCCUUUAAUCGAUCUCUUUCUCUCUCUCCUCCACCGACCAUUUAGAGGUUGGAAAGUGAUUAAGAGAAGCAGCUACUAGCCAUGGAUUCUGGUAACAGUGGAAGUUUACAGUCCUCAAGCGGUGGCGAUGAGGAAUACGAUUCACGCACCGAAUCCAUCUCCUCUUUCUUGAACCCAUCCCACCACCACCACCACCAGCAGCACCAAAUACACCCACCUUCCUCUUCUAUGUUCGAUCCUUUAUCGAAUUAUCUCGACUCCUUCUCCCGAUCGGCGGCGCCGCCUCCACCAAGCGCCUCGAGUUCUCUGCUAAAUCUCGAUAUGGUGUGGUCCAGAGGCCUAAGAUCUGAACCCACUUGCACCGAGAUCCCAACAGGAGGUGGCCUGAUGGGUUCUUCUUCCUCAGCCCAACCGGCUUCUGGUGGUCAAGUUAGCACUUUCCAAGGCGUAUCGAAGCCUUCGGCUUCAUCUUCUUCGGACAAGACCAACCCACUGAACUCAGUACGUAGUAACUCGAAGAAACGAUCCAGAGCUUCUAGAAGGGCACCCACAACUGUUCUCACCACCGACACGUCAAAUUUCAGGGCGAUGGUGCAGGAGUUUACCGGUAUCCCAGCCCCGCCGUUUUCGGCGUCGCCGUUCCCUCGUAAUAGGUUUGAUCUCUUCAACACUUCCUCCACCACCAUGAGGUCCAAUCAUUUGGAAUCUCCACUGCCGCACUACCUUUUACGCCCAUUUGCACAAAAGUUUCACCCACCUUCUCCUUCUUCCAUUCCUUCCACUACAAACCCUACUGGCACCACCAGCGGCGCUGCCAUUUCGAUCGCCGGAGGUUCUAGUAAUAACCACCAGCUAUUCUCUGACUUGGGGCUUACGAAACAGACUCCUCAUCAUCAAAGUCUACUAAACAUGCAGAACCCGAUGUUCACGUUCCAGUCUCUGCUACAGAGUUCGGGCCCUCCUCCUCCUGCGCCACCACCACCUCCCAGGUAUCCAUUAGCCAAUGCACCAGUUUUCACGAUGGGUGGUCAUGGACUUCCUAGUCUAGUGACUUCUGAUCAUGGGAUUUCACUGAGGAACGACGACAGCAACAACAACAACAACAACAACAACAACAACAACAACAACAACAACAACAAUCCUUCGAGUUGGGGUGAUGGAAUUGGGCUCAACGAAGGAGAUCAAUCUGAAGCUCAUUUAAAGUCAGUUAAUGGGAACUGCAAGAUGAACUACUCAUCCACUUCUUCUUUGGAGUUCCAAGUAGAGAAGGGUUCAGAGAAUGUUUCUUCUAGAGGUGAAGGUAUGGUAGAUUCAUGGAUUUUCUCUUCAGAUUAGGAAACUAUUAUUAAUUAAUUAUGCAGUAGCAAUGAAAGAAAAAAAAAAAGAGAAGGUGGGUGGUGGGGGGUGAUUGAAGAAGAUACAAUGAUGAGGGUGAGGAAAAGAAGGAGAAGCUUUGUCUUUCUCUCCAACCUUUUAACAAUCACGAGAGUAGCUCUUAUUAUUUCUUAAUUAUAUAUGUACAUAUGGUUUCUUAUCUUAGCUUCUUCAUAAUUCUCAUAUCAUAAAAUCAAUAUAGUGAUAAUGGAAAAUUCUGGGUUUUUUU